AUGGUGCAGGGAAAACAAGGACAGCACUUGCUUUGUGCUUUGUUUGGCAUUACAGCUUUUUUUGGUGAGGUCCUGACCAUUGCUCUUUUGCUGAUGUGGAGCUCUGUUGCUGCUGCAACUAAUGAUGGCUCAGAUAAGGGAGAUGUUAUGUAUCCCUAUGGGGAAGCUGAAGGAGAUCAGAAGACCCCCAUAGAUGAUGAUGGGACAUCACCAGAAAUUCAUAUGUCAAAGCCUUUUGAGUACUUUGGCAAGAACUAUACCAGCUGUUAUGUUAACAACAAUGGCGUGGUUUCCUUUGACGAACCUGUCCCUGAAUAUACUCCCAAAGGUAUCCCUCUGACAGAUGGAAAGGCUUUUGUUGCCCCAUACUGGGGAGAUGUCAACAAUGAGCUAGGGGGAUAUAUCUGGCAUCGGGAGACAAAAGACCCAGCAAUCUUAAAUCGUAUGACCAAUGACAUCAAUGAGUAUUUUCCUGAUUCUCAUUUCAAAGCCGAUUGGGCUUUGAUUUCCACCUGGGAUCAUGUGGCCUAUUUCGGAAGUCGUUCCAGUAAGACAAACACCUUCCAGUGUAUCUUAACACGGGGCAAGGAUGCCGCCUUUGUUAUGCUCAACUAUGGUGACAUACAAUGGACCACUGGUACAGCAAGUGGUGGAAAUAGCAAGACAGGUCUGGGAGGAACCCCAGCACAGGCUGGAUUCAACACUGGUGAUAAUAAAAACUACUAUAGUAUCCCUGGUUCCCGCUCUGCACAUAUUCUCAACAUUAUUAACACUAGCAAUGUGGGGGUCGAAGGACGCUGGGCAUUCCAGGUGGAUAAUUUCACGGCGACUGGAGUUUCUGAAGAGCUUCAGAAAUUAAUACCCACUGUAGAGCCUGAGCCUGAGGAAGAGGAGGAAGAGUCACAGACCCCUGAAGAAGAGGAAGAGCCACAGACCCCUGAAGAAGAGCCACAGACCCCCAUGGAAGAGCCACAGACCCCUGAAGAAGAGCCACAGACCCCCAUGGAAGAGCCACAGACCACCAUAGAGGAGCCACCAGCCCCUGUAGAGGAAAAGCCACAGACCCCCGAAGAAGAGCCACAGACCCCCAUGGAAGAGCCACAGACCCCCAUAGAGGAGCCCCAAGCCCCUGAAGAAAAGCCACAGACCACUGUAGAAGAGCCACCAGCCCCUGUAGAAGAGCCACCGGCAUCUGUAGAGGAAGAACCUGAGGAUCCCUUCGUGGAGGAAGAACCCGAGGAUCCCCUAUAUGAUGAUGAUGAUGAUUAUUAUUAUGAUUAUGAUGAUGAAGAUUGUGAGUGAUAAAACCAUCUCAGAAGAACUCAACUUCAAGUGGACAUUGACAAUGUCCUAAAAGAGCCAGAUGGGAUUUGGAACAGUACUCUUCGUAGCCCACUAGAAUCAGGAAGCCUAAUGCAAUCAUAGCUUAAUUGUAGUGUAGCAAAAUAAUAAAAAUAAAU